UGCAUAGAAUAUAUAUUGAUUGCUACGUUGUCUUAUUCCUUCAUUCACCGGCUCGGUAUUUGUCCAAGUGUAUGAGUAUAAUAAAAGCUCGAUCAUUGUGAAUUACGAAUUGAUUUAAAUAUUAAAUUGAAUUCAGAGCGUUUUUGAGCAUCUGUCUUUAAAUAUGGAACUACUUAAAAUAUUGUUUGUUACGGCAUUAUGUGUCGCCGGAUCGACCGCAAAAAUCAAGGAAGAAGAUGGAAUUAUGAUAGUUACUAAAGAUAACUUUGAAGAAGUUCUCGAAGACACGUAUGUGCUCAUUGAAUUUUAUGCACCCUGGUGUGGAUCUUGCACGAAAUUCGCUCCAAAAUACGUCGAACUCGCAAAAGCACUCAAGGAAAUAGAGCUCGACGUAAAAUUAGGAAAAGUUGAUACGACCGAGGAACCCGAGCUUGCUCAGAUGCAAGAGAUUCAAAGUUACCCUACCCUAAAGCUCUUCCGCGACGGCGUUCCCAUUAAGUACCAGGGCGACCUAGAGGUCAGCACCGUAUUAGAUUGGUUGACAAAGAAAGCGACUCCCCCAGCGGAAGAAAUAAAGUCCAUAAGAGGAGCCAAGAAAUUCAUCAAAAAGCAUGAAAUAGCCAUCAUAGGAUUCUUCAAAGACUUGGAAACCAAAGACGCCGAAACUUUCUGGCACGUUGCAAACGCUAACGGUGACUACGGGUUCGGUUUCACCAACACCGAAAGUGUAUUCAAGGAGUUCAAGGCUGAAGACGGGCAAGUUUUCCUCUUCAAGAAUUUCGAUGAACGCCAAAACGUCUACAAGAAGAAAAUGGACGCUAAAAAAUUGCAGGAAUUCAUUGAAACUAGCUCUAUUCCUCUUGUCGUCGAUUUCGAUGAAAAAAUUAGUCAAAAAGUUUUCGGGGGCAGCAAUAAAGAUUUCCUCGUUGCGUUCCUCAGCGAAGACGACGGUGACUACGAUAAUUACGCAGAAGAGUUUACGAAAACUGCCAAGAAAUACCGCGGAAAGAUGAUGGUAGUUACUUUCAAUGUCGAUGACCCACAGCAAGCUCAAAUGCUAGACUACGUUGGACUCAAAACGAAGGACGUACCGGCUAUGAGAAUCAUCAAGAUUUUAGACAAGGGAAUCCACAAAUACAAGCCAGAAAACCCGGAACUGAAGGACAAAAACAUCUAUGACUUUGCCAGCAAGUACUUGAAGGGUGAGUUAAAGAGAUACUUUUCUGCUGAAGAUGUUCCUGAAGACUGGGAUGCUAAGCCUGUCAAAGUACUCACUGGCAAAAACUUCAAAAAAAUUGCCAUGGACAAAUCCAAGCAUGUAUUGGUUGAAUUCUACGCACCCUGGUGUGGACAUUGCAAACAACUUGCUCCCAUUUAUGAUGAGCUUGCAGAGAAAUACGAGAACAACAAGAAGGUUGUCAUCGCAAAAUUAGACGCCACGGCCAAUGAACUAGAAGACAUUGACAUCCAGGGUUACCCAACUAUUAUUUUGUUCAAGAAGGGGACCAAUAAAGCAAUACAUUUCGAAGGCAACCGAACAGUUGAAGGCAUGUCCAAAUUCAUUGACUCGGAUGGCAUUGAAGGCGCGAAAGAAGAAGAAAAAGAUGAAAAAGUAGAAGCAAAAGAAGAAGAUGAAGAGGGCCUAAGUAAGGACGAGCUUUAAAUUUAUCCGAUGUUAUCUGGUAGAAAUGACUGUGUGUUUGAGCCCGUGUUAAAAAAGUUUUAAGUGAAUAAUUUUACUGUUGUGUUCUGAGUAAGGAGUCGAUAAUUGAUAAGAAUUUAUGUUUUUUUGUUUUGGAGGUAAAUUAAGGUUUGGUAAAAGAGCAUUUUUAUUAAAAAUAUUGUUUGUAUUUAUAAAAGCGCUUAAGUUAAGUGAAAAGAAACAAAAAUUUCUAUUCCUUAUUUAAAAAAAUUAAAAUUAUAUAUAUAUAUUUGUUCAACAACGCCGGGAAUGACGUAUGAAUAGUGAUUGUUACGAUUCUAGAUAUGUAUAACAUAAUAUGUAAUAAUUUAACCCUAAGAUUGUCAAAAUAAGUAGCAUAUAAUAAUGAAUGAAAAGAAGUUAUGGGUUAUGAAUUGUGUAACCAAUUAUUCAGAGUGAUAAUAAUAUAGUUACGCAAUCCGGAUUAUCAGUUGAAUUUAUUUUAUAUAAGCAAAACGUGUUUUAUUAGAUGAUACAGCUGUUGAAAACGAUUAUUUAACAUACUUAUCCUUUUAUUUUAUUUUAUACUUCAAUAUUUAUUGUAUUUUAGGUAUUUUUAUGGAAGUUGAUGAAACAUGUACUAUACUAUAUGUACUUAUUCUUAUGACAACGAAAAAUAUACCCUUGUAUUAUUAAAAAAUUAUGAGAAUAAAAUCAAGUUACAAUAACAUU